UGUUCAUUGCUCAUUUGCUUGCACAUAAUGAUCUACAUGUGCUUAUGCUUGCAUCAUGUUAGUGGCGUUUGUUUAUUUCUUUGUUUGCAGACAGAAGUGAAUUCUCCUGAGCAGUUUGUUGGGAUUAUAUUAAGAGAAAAGAUUUCAGGCUCAUUCAUAAAUGAUGUUUACAGUAUUUACAGUGGAGAGUGGGGACAGUGUGCAUCAGCCAACUGUAGUCGGCUUGAUAUCACAGAAAAGAGUUUCCUCAGUCAAAGCACAAGUAAGAGUUUCCUCAACCAAAGCACAAGUAUGAGGUCUCUUGAUGAGAUGGAUGGCUUUGAUGAUUUUGAGUCUGAAGUAUCCUCGAGUGAGGAGACCACAGCAGUUCAAAGAACACACAGCCAGUCACAACAGAAAAACGUCAAAUCCGUGCAUUCCACACUUAGAGACUGUUGUGCAAGGUUUCUGUGUAGCUGGGUCAUGCAUGAUUGUGAUGAUAUUGCUAUAUCCUCUUCUGAUCCUCAUCCAAAUGAAGUUAAAGAAAGGAUUGUUGAAUUCCUGAGAUUAGAGGACUUUAAUGUGUCCAGUGAUGGAGAUCUAAAGUUGUAUUUUACUGUAGCUUUUGCCUUGGCAUCGAGCAUCAACCCUCUGCCAAGCGUUUACUUGGAGGUUCUCUUGGAUGUGUUGAGGUACGUACUGCAUUUAAGAGUGCUUCGUGUUUUGAUGUCUAGUUGGUUUAGUCCCAAUCGUCAUUUUGAUAUCAGAACAGUUCAACAGUGGUAUAAAUAACUGUCUAGAAUGGUUGCUAAGAUACAAAUACACAAUAGUGGUUUUAUCGGGGUAUGCAAUACAUACCUUACUGUUCAGUUGUUUUACUUUUUUCUGCUAACUUAAGCAUUUCAUGUGUAUCUCUUCAUCUGAGUUCUUUUAACUGAGGAUCUGGUCAC